GGCGCGGCCCCGAGGGCGCCCGCGCCUCUCCCGCUCCCGACGGGCUGGGCUGGGCCCGGCCAUGGCGGCGCUGGACCGGGGCUGGGCGGGGCGGGGGGCGCCGGGGCGGGGCUGCGCCUUGCGGGCGGGCCUGGAGGGGGCCUCGGGGCGCGGGCGGCCUGGUCCCGGGGCUGCGCGAUGGGGAGCCGCGCCGCGCACUCUCGGCGGGCUGGGCCCGGGGGCGGCCGCGGGGGAGGACGGAGCCCGCCCCUCCCUCUGCUGCAGGAGGAAGCACAAGAUGGACGCGGAGCCCACGGGCUGUCCUGCCAGCAAGAAGCGGCUGACGGAAGGCGCGGGGCUCGGGGGGGCUCCCGCCAGCGAGCAGUGGAUGCCGCGUGCGGCCCAGCCGGCAGGCAGGGGAGACCCUCCUCACCUGUGCCUCAGCAGCCUCCCUGGCACCCCCGGCCCGACCGAAGUCCCCUGCGAAGAGAUGGAGCAGGCGGUGGGAGACCAGCAGUGUGAGGCUGCUCGCAGGAAGCUCCAGGAGAUCGAGGCCAGAAUAACUGAUGAAGACGAAGAUGGGUUGGUGGAGGUGCCUCUUGGCAACAUGCCCACCCUUGUCCUGUCCGAUGCACUUAAGACAGGGCUGAAGAGGGAUUACGCCGGAGACCUGACAAAGAAAAUAAUAGAGUCCAUGAGUCGUCCCUCCAUGGAGCUAGUACUCUGGAAGCCUCUCCCUGAAUUUCUCACCAAAAAAGCAAAAACUGUUUCUGUUAAAAACUACAAGCCGAUGGCAGAAGAGGGCCCUUCGGAACCAUCCCCCCUCGAAGCUGCUUUCUGCCUCCAGAAAGGAAAGUUCUCUGAGCUGCUGCCAACAGAGUUGCCUCCACCUUUCUAUAGUGCUGCGGAACCCACUGGCUGCUCUGAAGAGGAGAUGGAGUUGUAGCAGCUGGGAUGAAGCCAGAUGGAAGCUUACUGAUAUAUCUUCACUCUUUGGAUGUAUAGGAAAAGAGGGACCUGUAUUUUUAGGGUGAUGGUCAGAAGUAUGCGAUGGCUUCAAGGCCAGGAGAUCCAAGACAAGCUCGCUUUAAAACAAGAGCCAGAAAUGUCGGCUUGUCCAACUCACAAGUUUGGGGAUAAAAUUCAGAAAUUGGCCAUGGCCCAGAUAAUCUUUGCUGCUUGGUGAACUAUGAGUGUCAGUCAGUGUUGAUCCGCAGGGAAGGGCUGCCAGCUAGUUUACAAGGUGAAAUUAAGUUGCCCAGGGACAGGUCCCUUCUGUGCACUUCCUUCUUCCUUCUUGCCUUCUCUUGAAACCUGCAGCUGGGCCAGCGUUUGAGUGCUGUUCUGAGCAACCAAAAAGCCACAUUUCAAGCAUUGUUUGCAAGGGGCUUGACAGACUGAGGCUCAUUUUUGGUCCACAGAACUGUUUGCUUUUCUCCAGAGGGCGGAGGUUUCAUUGGCGAUCCCCUUGGAAGUGUUCUCACUAGGAUUUUGAUAAGUAAAUAUAUGUAUGAUGUUUGGAAAAGAGUUUUUCCUGAGUGCAGCUUCAGUUUGUCAUGUGAUGAGCUGCCUGCAGGUUGGGGGGAGGGGAUUUUUUACUAUACUGACCUAGACAUGAUUGCUGAUUUAAAGCCACCCCCACUGAAACAUCUAAAAGAGCUCAUUUGUUUUAAUUUGUUUAAGAUGCCUGAUUCAAGGCCACCCACAAAUGCCGAUCUUUUGCUUUAUUCUGGAUCAGGAUGUCUAAACAAAGUUCCUUGGGUGCCAGAAAGCCACAGAGUUGACUUUGUCCAGUGUUAGCAAUCUGGACAGUGGCUUUAUCAGAGCUGUCACUCAGUUGCUUUCCUGAGACGUCGGGGUCUUUUGCUUCAUUUACCUUUGUGUUUAGUUUUCCCAGUUGCUAAUUUGUUUCAUCCUACUCUCAACAUAUUUUGAGCCUCCAUGGCUAAUAUGCAAGCUGCAUUUCUAUUUUGAUAUAGGAUUAAACAUUAAUACUUUGCAUAAAUCUGAAA